AUGAUUAUCGUUGGUGCCGUGACCAGGAUUCCUGGUUUUCCCGUUCCCAACCACUCAAACUGUCUGCAUAGUGUCGACGAUAUUGAGGAACAGCUCGACAUGCCCGACGAAAAGCGCAUGAAAAUAAAGGAAGCCAAACGACGGAACGCCAUCGAUGGCUUCAAGCGCAUGGACUUGUUCCUCGCCAACUACAUUCCUGAACAACACCAGCACGAAGUUACACUUCGCUUGGAACGUGUGGAGAAAAUAUGGGAAGUGUUCGAGACCAUACAGGACGAGUACGAAGAUAUGGAUGACGAGGAAGAAUUCGUAAAGAAGAACCUGGAGUUGCGUGCCCAAGUGGAGCAGCUGUAUUUCCGUGUGAAAGCUGGGCUUGCUACGAAGUUGCCACCUUCUCCCGUUCCUGUUGUUUCUGGACCUUCCACUGCACCACCCGUUACGCCUACUCUCGCCAACGUGAAGUUACCAACCAUAUCGCUCCCCGAGUUCGAUGGUGAUUUUAAUACCUGGUUGACUUUCCACGAUACUUUCUUGUCGAUGAUUCACUCGUCGACAGAAAUUUCCCAGGUACAGAAAUUUCACUACCUCCGGGCUGCUUUGAAGGGUGAAGCAGCCAAUUUGAUACAGUCGGUAACAAUAACGGCCAACAACUACGCCGUAGCAUGGCAGACGUUGGUCAACCGAUACUCCAACAAGGCCAUCCUCCGUAAGAAACAUAUUCGGGCCCUACUCAAGCAUCCCACGAUUCCGAACAACAACGUUGAUGCCCUUCACAAGAUCGUGGAUGAGUUCCAACGCCACACUAAGGUUCUGGAACAGCUUGGUGAACCAGUGGAUCAGUUUAGCUCUAUUCUCAUCGAAUUGCUUGAGGAUAAACUGGAUGAUGCGUCGCUCACUGCCUGGGAGGAAUCAGUCGCCGUUGACGAACAUCCCACCUACGACAAGAUGGUCGAGUUUCUGCAGAAACGUGCCCGAAUUCUGGGGACGAUUGCCAUAAAUCAGCCGCAGCAUGCCAGCCCCAAGCCUGGCAACCAGUUCCCCGCAUCGAAGAAACCAAAUCAGCCUCGCUUAAGCACCAUCGCGGCGGCUGAGAUCCCGUCAAAGAUCUUCCCGAUCUGCCCAGCCUGCGACAAGCAGAAACACUCGCUUUUCGACUGUUCCGUAUUCAACGGACUAGAUACGAAAGGCCGCCUGAAGGUGGUCACGGACAAGAAGCUCUGCAGCAAUUGCCUCCGUAGCGAUCAUUUUGCCCGAAACUGCCGCUCCAAAUUCAGCUGCAAGCACUGCGGUAAGCGGCAUCACUCUAUGAUACACCCAGGUCCGUUCGAGAUGAAUAAGUCUACUUCCGAAGAUAGUGCCACGAUCAGUUCCGAAAAUUUUCCGCCUGGCAUUUCCAGUGUUUCAACUGCUGUAGUAGCAACACCCGCUCCAGAGUCAUAUCAACGGUGA